GACAUUGUGUGUUGGUUUAUUAUAUACUCGUGCGUAUGUAUUUGUUUGGAUAUUGUAGAACUAUCUACCGACCUAUCUAUAUCAUAUCUAUCAUUUUACACGCACCACACAAUUAUUCCCUUUCUGCGCUCGUGUUUUUUUAAUAUUAUAUCUUAUUUAUAUCUUAUUUAUAUCUUCUUGUCCCUUGCUAUAUCUCAUAGCUCCAUAUAUUCUAGAUUCAACCCGUGGAUCCCGUGUGUUGGGGCAAGAUAUCGUCAUGUUUUUGAAUGUUUUACUGUUAUUUACAUAAUCGUUUUCCGAUAGGUUCACCGGUUGUAAGGUUCACUAGACUAGCAUACAUGAAAGACUCAGAUCCUCCUCCCUUCUUUAUCAUUUAACUUUUACCAAGGUCCCUUACUUUAUCCUUGACAUUAUAUACUUUCGCCAUCAGGGUUCAAAGGGUCCUGCACAACUUCUCUUCUCUUCUCUUCUGCUGGCAUCUCAGUCUCGAGAUUCAUUCACUCAAAGAUCGAUCUCGCAACACCAAUUCCCUCCCGCCAACUUGCCAUCCUCCCUCCUCCACGCUGUUCAAGGCAAGUCAACCGCGCGUUCUACCUGCCUGGCUGGCUGAAUGACCUGUUCUGGAACCGCCCAAUGCUCACUUCGACAACGAUUAUCAAGACCAACGAGCCCAAUCAUAUUACAUAGACAACAACAAAUCCUUCUUCCUUCAUUGUCACAAAGACCAACGAUCCUUUUCUCUAUAAAACAUCUACGACCACAACCAAGAUCCGCAACUCAGAAUCGACACCUUCACUCCUUUCACUGCAAUCCCUUGAUAAACGGUCAAGCACGGAAACCUGUCUUCCUAUCAACCUUCGCACAGACCUUGGACCCAUAUCCAUUAUUCACGGGUUCGAAAUCCAACCUCGGCGGGGUCAAACAACACCAGUCCUCUCAUUCAUCUUUUGCGAGUUAUCACCAGAAGCUGCGACUUCGAAAUCUCAAUUCUUCUUCUUUACAAUCCCCAAAAUUGCCGUCAUUCCUUUCAAGGUCCUCUUCGACCCUUGCAACAAAUAUGUCGAAUUUAACUCAGCCAAAGAGCCCAAUCGCUCCCGACAGUCCUUUGAGAGAACAGAGAGUACAUCAUAGACUUGUCGAGAGACUUACCGAUCGACUUGAAACGCCCAGCUUAGAUGAUCGUUCUUAUCGAGUGAUUAAGCUUCCUAACCAGCUAGAGGUUUUGCUCGUUCAUGAUGCUGAAACAGACAAAGCAUCAGCAGCCAUGGACGUCAAUGUGGGGAAUUUCAGUGAUCCUGAAGAUUUCCCCGGUAUGGCGCAUGCUGUAGAGCAUCUGCUUUUCAUGGGAACCAAAAAGUACCCUAUCGAAAAUGCUUAUUCACAAUACCUUUCUUCACAUUCCGGAAGUUCCAAUGCGUAUACCGGUGCUACAUCUACAAAUUAUUACUUUGAGGUUGCUGCGAAAUCAGGAGAGGAUGGAGACUCAAAAGAUUCGACCCCUUCGCCUUUGUACGGUGCGCUCGAUCGAUUCGCGCAAUUCUUCAUAGAUCCUCUUUUCCUCGAUUCGACUUUGGACAGAGAAUUAAAGGCUGUGGAUUCGGAGAACAAGAAGAACCUGCAGAGUGAUCAAUGGAGAUUACACCAAUUGGAUAAAUCAUUAUCGAACCCAAAACAUCCUUAUUGCCACUUCUCGACAGGAAAUUUGGAGGUUUUGAAACUACAACCAGAAUCGCGAGGAAUCAAUGUUCGGGAAAAGUUUAUGGAAUUCCACGAGAAACACUAUUCUGCGAAUCGCAUGAAGCUUGUCAUACUGGGAAGAGAGCCAUUGGAUAAGUUGGAAUCGUGGGCGGCAGAUCUUUUCGCCGGUGUACGAAAUAAGGACUUGCCACAAAACCGAUGGGAGGAUGAACAGCCUUAUGGACCAGACCAACUAUCGACCCAAUGUUUUGCUAAACCAGUUAUGGAUUCUCGAACUUUGGACAUUUCCAUUCCAUUUAUUGACGAAGAGCUUCUUUUCGAGUCUCAGCCAAGUCGAUAUUUGACACAUCUUAUUGGACAUGAAGGACCGGGUAGUAUUAUGGCUUACAUCAAGUCUAAGGGAUGGGCAAAUGCUCUGAGUGCAGGUGUCUAUCCAAUAUGUCCUGGAACUCCUGGUUUAUUCAGUUGUCAAAUACGUCUGACAGAAGAUGGCCUGAAGAACUACAAGGAAGUUGUCAAGGUUUUCUUCCAGUAUAUCGCAUUACUCAAAGAUACACCACCACAAGAAUGGAUCUUUGAUGAGCAAAAGGGCUUAGCCGAUGUCGAUUUCAAAUUCAAGCAAAAGACUCCAGCUAGCAGAUUUACUAGCAAAAUCAGUGCCGUUAUGCAAACACCAUUACCUCGGGAAUGGUUGCUCAGUGGUCAUAGCCGACUUCGAAAGUUUGAUGGAGAAAGAAUUUCGGCUGGACUCAAUUGCUUGAGAGCUGAUAAUUUCCGCAUGCAAAUCUCUUCUCAAACUUUUCCAGGUGGUUGGGAUUCAAAAGAAAAGUGGUAUGGUACAGAAUACAAAUACGAGAAAAUCCCAGCGGAUUUCUUGGAAGAGAUCAAAAAGGCUGCCACAAGCAAGAAAGGAGAACGAUUCCCAGAAUUACAUUUACCUCACGCAAAUCAAUUCAUUCCAACUAAACUCGAGGUUGAAAAGAAGGAAGUUAAAACACCCGCCAUUUCUCCCAAGUUAAUCAGAAAUGAUGACUCGGUAAGAACAUGGUUCAAGAAAGAUGAUACUUUCUGGGUUCCAAAAGCAAACCUUUUCAUCCAGUGCAGAAAUCCUUUACCAAUGGCCACUGCAGAAAAUUCUCUCAAAGCAAGAAUGUAUACUGAUUUGGUAUAUGAUGCAUUAGAGGAAUACGCCUAUGAUGCUGAGCUUGCAGGACUCGAAUAUUCUGUAUCAAGCCAUUCAAUGGGCUUGGAGAUUAGUGUUUCCGGAUACAAUGACAAGCUCCCUGUUCUUUUGGAGAAGGUCCUUACCACCAUGAGAGAUCUCGAAGUCAAACAAGAUCGAUUCGAAAUCAUUAAAGAGAGAUUGGCAAGAGGUUUGAAGAACUGGGACUUUCAACAACCCUACAAUCAAGUCGGCGAUUACAUGAGAUGGCUCAGUAGCGAGAAAGGCUACAUCAAUGAGCAAUAUCUAGCCGAAUUACCGCAUGUCACUGUUGAUGACAUUCAACAAUUUUACCCCCAUCUAUUAAGACAGAUGCACAUUGAAACUUUUGUACAUGGAAACUUGUACAAGGAGGAUGCUUUGAAAUUGGCUGAUUUAACUGAAAGUAUCUUGAAGCCAAGAGUCUUACCACAAACUCAAUGGCCAAUAGGUAGAUCUUUGGUCUUCCCACCUGGCGCAAAUUUCGUUUAUCACAAGACUUUGAAAGAUCCAGCCAAUGUCAAUCACUGCAUAGAAUAUGUUCUAUCUGUUGGAGAUAAGUCUGUUCGUCCUCAGCGAGCGAAGACUCUUCUCCUCGAUCAAAUGACUCAUGAACCAGCAUUUGAUCAACUAAGAACAAAGGAGCAGUUAGGAUAUGUUGUAUUCAGCGGUUGUUCGACAACGACUACUACCAUCGCUUAUAGAUUUAUCAUCCAAAGUGAGAAAACUCCACAAUAUCUUGAAGAGCGAAUCGAUUCUUUCUUGGUUGGGUAUUCAGAAAUUCUCAAGAAUAUGUCAGAUUCUGAAUUUGAAGGUCACAAGAGAAGUUUGAUCACCAAGAGAUUGGAGAAAUUGAAGAAUUUAGAUCAAGAAUCAAAUCGUUUAUGGUCACAUAUUGAUUACGAGUACUUUGAUUUUGAACUCGUCCAUCAUGAUGCCGCCAAUGUUAAAGCACUCACCAAAGAAGAUAUGAUCAAAUUCUAUAACCAAUUCAUCCUACCAUCUUCUCCACUUCGUUCUAAACUUUCCAUUCACCUCAUUGCUCAAGGAACCUCUUUACCAGAAGCAAAACCAGAGGAACAAGCUGUUCUUGCGAUCAAUAAGGAUCGUAAAGAUGCUGAAGAUGGAGAAGCUAUUGCCGUCAAGGCUGAAGGCAAUGGCACUGUACCAUACGUUAUCACGGAUGUCCGACAAUUUAAGGGCAUGUUGCAAGUUACUGCUGGACCACAACCGGUCAAACAUAUUAGUGAGUUUGAGGAAUUGGAUGCAAAGUUAUAAAUAUCGAAUGAUUAGGGUUGAAGGAAUGUGUGAAGGAUAGAAUAUCCAACCGCAUCUUGGUGGAUAUACUAGCGCAAUAGAUGCGUCUAGACUAGAGUACUUGAUUUUAUUGGACUGAAUCUAAUUGCAGUCAUGCAUAGAUGAGGAGUUAAAGAAGAUUUGGUAUUACUAGGGGGAUUGGGGAAGGUAGAUGGAUAGUUGGCUGCAUUGUUGUACAAUGGUUGGCUUGGUUCAAUCUGGUCUAGUAGAUACCCGCGAUCUUCUUUAAAUGAAUUGCAAUGAGUUAGACAAUCUUUUUUACUUGAUGUGUGAUUUCGGUGUUAUGAGCUGUGUACAGAGUGGGGAUCUCUUGAGACUUUUGAGGUUCCAAGUUCUGAAGCUCCGAGUGGGAGAAGGUGAGGAUAUGAUGUUUUAAUGUCAUUCA